AUGUCAUCGAAGGUUGAUCUCAAGGGAAAACCACCCAAGGUCCCACUCAAGGUCAAUUCCAUUCCCAUCAAACCACCAAAGGCCCCUCCCAUCAAACCACCCAAGGUGAAAAAAGUGGCCAAACCAAAGAAGACUUUUCAGCAGAUGCUCAAUGAGCUCCCAGACGCAGAUGUUAUAUUGAAGUACUUUUGGAUAACUGGGCACUCGCUAGCCUUGAUGGGCUUCCUACUAUAUUUUGCCACAAUGCUCUCGAGGUCUCCAUUGCCCAUGAUCUGGUACACCUUCAGCUUCAUUGGGUGCAUUAUAACCUACUCAACAGUGAUAAUCCGUCGAUACUUGUUGAUAGUCAGAAAGAACCAGAGUGUUAACGUAUACUCCAACUUUUCCAAGUUGAUUUCGGUCAACGACUUGGUCAGAUCAGAGAACUUUUUGUUUUUGGCUACCAGUUUUCUUUAUCUUUUCAGUCCCAUGAGUUUUUUCAAGAUACUACCCUUUGGAUUGUUUAGCUUGCUCAAUUUGAUGAACUACUUGGUGAAGGAAGUGUUCCGAGACUAUUCGAUAUCCAGACACUUGAUACCAUUGUUGAAGUUUUUUGAAAAGCCAUCGAGAAUCAUCUGUUCACACAUUGAUUUCUUUGUACUAAUUCCGAUAAUUUUCUUGCAAUCAGUGUUUAUAAACCACCAUUUCUAUCAAUUGGUGUUUUUUUUACAAUUAUGGUUUAUCAAGUUGGAGAGCAUUAAGAGCCAAAGAACAGUUUUCUACUCGUUGAUUUACUUGGUUGACACGUUGAUAUCCAUUUUACAAGACAAAAAAGUCAAGAUCAACCCUGUUGUAUUGACAAAGUACAACCGGUUCAAAUUGAACUUUGAAAAGCUUCUUCCAUUGGAUCCCAGUUAUAAAACAUUUUCUACUAGUAACAAGCUACCCUUCAGCUUGGGAAAUGUAGACGACGAUACUUCUUCUCUUAUCUACGGCCAGGGAAGAUUUUCCUAA